AGUAGUUCCGGUGGUUUAGCAGCCGAGCGGAGCACACAGACCCGGGAUCUCCGUGUUGUUGAGUGCAAAUGUGAACAUAGGCUCUGGUCUUCCUGUCAUGACUGUGGAGUGACCACGGCAGCGGUCAGUGUGCCCCCCCCCCCGCAGAGCUCUGAGCUGCAAUACGAGUGACAGCGACAGAACAUCGCUGGAGCCUUUGCCUUCAAAGGGGAUUUUUUUUUUCAAGUGCAACACAGGCGUCUUGAGCUCUGAAGCGGAGCACAUAUCCUGAGCCGUUUCAUAUUUACCCAUGACGCAACAGCCAUAGCAUUGGCUAGAAGAAGGACCUGUUAAAAUGCCAUGGGGACGGACUCUCUCUUUCACUUCAGUGACUUCCUCAGAUGCUUUGGCCCAAAGAAAGAUGGAGAGGAAUGGGAAGAACAUGAGCCAAGGCUGAUGCUCAGAAUCCAAUCAGUGAGCCAACAGGAGAUCCUCCAAACGCCGCGUCGCUGAGCCUCUCAACCUUACCCUCUGACCUAUUAACACACAGGCACCAUGACCUCAGAGCUAGAGAGCAGCCUGACCUCAAUGGACUGGCUCCCACAGCUCAGCAUGAGGGCAGCCAUCCAGAAGGCAGAUGCUGGACUGCAUUACGGCUACCACCAUGGACACCACCUCCACCACCAUAGUCAUCAUCACGGGCAAGGACCUGGCAAAAAGAUCACACACCUGGACCCGGGAACAAAACUUGACCAGGAGGAGGCUGCUCAGCAUAGAGACGGUAAACCACCCUACAGCUAUGCCAGCCUCAUCACUUUCGCAAUCAAUGGCUCACCCCAAAAACGGAUGACCCUCAGUGAGAUCUACCAGUGGAUCUGCGACAACUUCCCCUACUACAGAGAGGCAGGCAGCGGCUGGAAGAAUUCUAUACGACACAACCUGUCCUUGAACAAGUGUUUUCUCAAAGUGCCUCGCUCCAAAGAUGACCCUGGAAAAGGUUCCUACUGGGCCAUAGACACCAAUCCUAAAGAAGACACAGUACCCAGCAGGCCAAAGAAGAGACCACGCUCUGGAGAAAGGGGGAGUAGCCAAUCAGAGCCUUCAUCUCAGUCCUUGAGCCUUCAGCAGUCUUCCAAGCUGCCGCCUGCCCCUCCUCCUGCACAGUCCCAGUGCGGUUUGCCCAUCCAGGAGUCACGGCACAAGCAGCCCUGCUUUUCAGACUUCGAGGACCUCAGCGCUUCUUUCCGUAGUCUUUACAAGUGUGUCUUUGAGCAGUCGUUCUCCCAGCAAGGUUUGAUAGGUAUACCUGGUGACUCCGACCUGCAGGUCCGGACUAACUGCUCCUACCAACACUCACUAGGUGCUGGAAGUGGUGGCGUCCACCACCACCAACACAACCAUGGUCAGAUGUCACACCACCCCUACCGCCCUCAGCAGCACAUCCAGAACAAACACCACCCAGCUCAUUCCCAGCAGCACCCAUCUCUCUCCAACCCAAAUCAUGCCGGACAGACCUGCCCAACAACAGGCAUUUCAUCAGACUGUUACCCCAACCUAGACUGGCUGAAGGAGAGCUGCCGGAUUGCUACCAGCUACAACUGGGCUGAUGUAGACCUCUCCCCAUUUCAAGGUCUGAAGAAGAGUAUGCAGCGGGCUGAGCUAAACAACUGGUCACUGGACACUACCACGAUUGCCGACCUCUGUUCCUCCAUUAACAAGUUUUUUACAGCCACGGGGGUCAUCCCCCCUCAAGGUGCCACCCACCCACAACCUCAGGUCCAACACCCCACACUUCCAGUAACACCACAGCACCCGGCUCAGCAGCAUGGGGCAAUGCACUCGAAGGCCAGCCAACACACUCAGCACGGGCAACACAACCAACAUAACCAACACGUCAGCAUGGGGAACAUGUACAUGGACUCAAGACAGAGCAUUUCCUCUCUGAUGGGCCCACCAGGAUACCCCCACAUGCCUCCCAUUAGCAACACGGCUCCAAACAUUACAGGACAUCUCAGCCAGCUGAGCCAGCAGCAGCUACAACCCAGGCUGCCUCUGGGACACUUCCAGGUAAGACGCAUGCUCACUGCAGAUGACAUCCAGGAUGACUUUGACUGGGACUCCAUCGUCUAAACUGACUUACUGCAAGAGACAGAGACUGCAAAAAGACGUGAUGUCAGGUGAGGUAUGAUACUGGCCGACCUGCUCCUUUCACCUCUGAGAAAGUUACGGAAGACAAUCGAACAGAAAAUAAACUUUUGUGAUCUUUUUGGCCUUUUUUUGUGGACAUUGAGUAUAAAGACAAUCACUACAAAGUGACCAAGCCAAGCUGUAAACACACUGUCUAAAGCAAGAAAGACUGAAGCUUUCUGAAUUUUCUUGUUUUGCACCAGUGCAAAGUGGCUUACAAGUGUUGUCAAAUUGUCUCUGAAUCAUUUUAUUUUUGGUUAUUAUUUUUGUUUACUUUAAAACUCAAAGUGUAUGAUAUCUGCAGCCCCGUAUCUCCAAAAUCCAUACAAAAAAUCCUUCAACAUCAGGCCUGACCUUUUCUUCUUUCUUUCUUUGUUUGCUUUGGGCCUUCACGACUACAGUAGAAAAGAGGAUUUUUGACAGAGAAAAAACACGGUUUAUCUGUUCAACUUGAAUAGUAAUGGCACCACCUUUUGGUUAAAAUAGGCACCAUAUACAGUAGCUUCCUUUGCCUGAUAUAGUUCUAUGCACCACAAUCUGUUUGAUCUUUCUCAUCGCUUGAUCACAUUGGAUACUUUAUAGAUUACUUUUUAUAUUUAUUUAAUCAUUUUUAUUUUUGUAAACAUAGUGAAUUAAUGAUGGGAAAAGCAGUUCUUUUCAGUGUACUGAAUCAGUAGAAUCAGUUCAGUAAAGUGAUUCGUUCAAAAGAUUCGUUCACCGAAUCGUUCAGUACUUCUCUGCAGCUCUGCCUGCGAAUCAGAAUUUAAUAAGCUGAAACACGGCCGAACGUUUAGUUCUGCUCGUGAUCGUACUGAGAACAGCCGGUGGUGAAUAAUAAGCCAAUGAGCUGAGAUUUUAGUUGGAUAAAGCUACAGUUUGCAAACUGAAAGCUGCUAAAACAAUCACAUUUAUUUUCCCCGAUCGUUCUGUUCAGGACAUUCUGUACACGAAUCACUCACUGACUGUCUGACUGAGAGGAAGAGAGAGACUCGGAGGCGGAGCUCCCGUUCAGUACGUUCAGUGAACGAAUCACUCACUGAGCAUGAGAACGACGUACUAGUACAAUGAACAAGAGCCCUGGGUCUCAAUUCUCUCGAAGUCGAGGAAGCACGGCACUAAAUAUUUUAAUAACAAUUAGGCUGGGUGUCGCGAAAAUGUAUGGGCCUGUUAAAGCAGCUUUCAGUUUGCAAACGUUAUCGUGAAUGACAAUUAAUUGAACUUAAUACAGGCUACAUGUCAGCAGAAAAUAUGCAUGGAAAUGAAUAUAUCCUAUGCCAGAACAGUUAUAUUUUAAAUUAUAUAAGCAGGGCAAAAAAAAUGAUUUAAAAAAUAAUAUUUAAAAAACAAUAAUAAUUGGCUUAGACUGUUUUAUGAGUCUCUCUCUUCCUCUCAGUCAGUUAGUGAGUGAUUCGUGUCGGAGCUCCCGUUCAGUACGUUCAGUGAACGAAUCACUGACUGAACGUGAACGUGUUUGAGACAUGAGAGGGAGAAGUAGGGGCGGGCUUUAGCGACACAGAGCUCCCGACCGACUCCGUCCUGUUGGUUCAGUCACCACGUAUCACUGACAUGAAAGGGAGAGGGAGGGCGGGCUUUGAGCGACUCUUACGGUCUGGAGAGAGAGACACGAGACGGGAGAAAGGAGAGCGCAACUGAAGUUGAGAAAUUAACAACUCUUUUCUGUAAGUGAUUCAGUUCAGUUCGUUCACCCAGAUGAUUCGUUCGUUUUGAACGAAUUGUUCAGGAACGACACAUCACUAUAGUGAAUAGUGCCAUGGUCUCAGGGUGUUACAUUUAUAUAAAAAGUCAGACCAACAUAAAGCCAUUUACAUCUCAGUAUUUGAUGUCACUGCAUCUACUGUCAAUGCUCACUUCAUGAGGACAAUGUCUGCUAAAUUGGUGUUCAAAAGGUUUACAAUUUUUACUUCUCAGUUUAUAAGCUAUCUGAUAUAAAAUACUGAUGAAUAAGCUUUAUCAGCUGCUCAAAUAUCAAUCACAAGUACCAUGAAAUAAAACGCUGGCUAGACUUGGAAGUAGUCAACAAUAAUGCAGAGUUUUCUAAGAUAUAAAUAGUUUUUUUAAGGUUUUAAACAUUUUUGACAUUUAAAUUAUGACUAGACAUUGAAGGUCAGCAGCAAUUAAAAUAAUCCUGAUGUAGUAAAGGACAAGCAGUUUUUGCACAACAAAUCUUGUAAAUGAGAUAAAGAGAAAGAAAGAAAAUAGUGAACAUUUAAUUUCUUUGUUUAAGAGGACUUAACAAAUAAUAGUUUAGCAGAGGAGAAAGACUCAUUGGAAGUUUCAAAUGCCCAAUUCUACUGUGAUGUUUAUUAUUGUCCUUGUGUGCAAUCCUCUCAGAUUUUCUUUUGCCAUACAGCUCCCUACAGCUAAAAAAAUACACAAGAGACAGAAGUCAUUUAUUUGUAUUCAGUGGGUACAAAGUGAAUUAUGGGACCCAAAAGUGCUCUUUGGUGUUAAAGAUUUCAUUGGUUGAUGGAAUGGUGAAAAAAAGUUCUCAUUGACAAAAAAAAGAAAAUACUCUUUAUUAUUGCCAUGAAAUGCUGUAUUACAGUGACCAGCAUAUAUAUCUUGUAUGUUUGUGCGUUGUCGUCCUUGUAGAUAGCCGUAUGAUACUCCUAUGAUUGCCCUUGAAAAACAAGACUGAUGAAAAGAGCAAAAAAAAACAGCAAAAGGAGAGAAAGUAUUUUGUUAUUUGUCCUUCAGGAGUCAAGGUUUGUAUAUAUCUUCACUAUAAUGUAAAAAAGUCAGUAAAAAACGAUGCCAAUGGUGUUUUUGUGUCAGGGAAAAUCUGUGUAUGGGGGUUUAGCAGUUAAAAUCCGUUUCAGUGUUUAUUAAAAUAUUAUUGACAAUUUUUAUUGCUAUUA